AUGGACAACCUUCCUCCAAAACCGCCUUUCCAGAAGCCUAAUCCACCACCUCCGAGAAAUAAUUACAAGUUAAUUUACGACCCCGAGUUAGGUUAUAAAGAAUCCCUAGGAAAGAAACCAGUAUACCGGUUCAACGGUAUUGCUAAACCUCCCUUAGUGGUUCGUGACCCAAGACAUAAAAAUCCCCUCUAUUCUCGCGGCAUACCAAAAAGUGGGCGACCAUUUUUAAAAUCGCUGCAACAAGUCAAAUUCGAAUAUAACGAAGAAUCGCUAGGACCUGAACCAGCUACGCAAGUAUUCGUUUAUAAUAUCUCUCCUCUUGUAACAGCAGACCAGCUUCGAUAUCAUUUCAAAACUUUUGGUGACAUAUCCCGAUUAGAUUUUCAAUUGAAUCCGUAUACUGGCACAUCAUUAGGUUUAUGUCAGAUUACUUUUUCAAAACAUGAAUCAGUAUCGAAGGCUCACUUGGCUGCUAAGCUUGCUGUCCAGCAAGCCAGCGGCCUCAAACUUUCUGGAAAGCAGCUUAUGGUUGUUUUAGAUGGUGAUGGGGCGAAGUGCGAAGCUGCUCGAAACAAAGCGCUGCAAGUUAUUGAAACCGAGUUUGCUGAAGAAUUAUACAAGCGAGAGCAGCAAUUGAAAAAAGAAGAACAAAAAAGAGAAGAGGAAAUGGAGGCUACUCGUGAAGUUUCAAAUAUACCACCAUGGAGACAGACACAAAACAAUUCAGGUUUUAAUAAGAAUCAAAAUGUGGGUUUUGUUUCUUCAAAUAAAGAUCAAGCUUACUCUAAUACCCCAAAAGCAAAUGAUACAUCUGUCCCUAAAGAUAUCGAAAAUCAUAUAUAUAUUUUCAUCGACGAUAAAUUUGUUCCUCCUGACCGUGUGUACUACUCCGAUAUAAAACACCAUUUUCGGAAAUUUCGCUAUGAAGGUAUAUAUAUGAAUAGUGACGGGUUUUUUAUUACUUUCAAUAACUACCGCGAAGCGAGCAGUUGUUUUUGGACCCUUGACAAAACAUUUGUCCAAAAUUGUCGUAUAAAAUUAAAACUUCACGAUGCCCCAAAAUCAAAGAAAAAUGGAAUACCUCCUAUGGACAAUAGGAAAAAUUUACCGAAAGAUGAGGCUUGUUCGUUGGCAAUAUCCGUAAUCUUCAAAGACUUGGAAGAGGUAUUGGUUCGAGAUAUAAAGAACAAGAUUGCAGGACCAUGCAUCUUUCAAAUUUUGGAGUCACUUCCAAAACCCAUACCUAUCAAGGAAGAAGGAAAAGAACCGAGAAUAUCAACUCCUGAGGGCCCUGAAUCAAUAAAAACAGAAGCAAUAUCAACAUUGCCCCAUUUACCCAGAUUUAAAAAGCGAGCAGAUGCUCACAAAGUCAAAGUUCCAACUGAGAAUAAAAUUAAAUCAAAGCUGCAAAGAAGAAGAAGGAAAAAAAUUGAGGCUCGGCCUUUGCAUUAUCAACUAAACCAACAAACCAAUGAUUUCUCUGAUUCAGAGUUAGAACAAGAAGAUGGGCUAGAUGAAGAGAAGGCUAUUGAUGGUAAACUUGAUGGUUACAAGCAUACGAAGGUCGAAGAAUCAACACCCUCUCUUUCAGAAACAUCUGAAGAUGAAGAAUAUUUUGAAAAGUUUCAUCGGGGUCGCCCAAAGGCUCGUCUUCCUAGAAGGAAAUCCGAUAAACUUGAUAUAGAUUAUACUUCGUCUAGCGAAACCGAAUCCGAUGAACUUGUUUCUCCCGUUGUUAUUCCUAAGUCCCACAUUGAAAGAAACAAGAAGCACGCUUUAGUGAAGGAACCUUGGGAGAUUCACCCGCUAACGCCUAAGCACAAGGAAAAUGAGUUUAGUGAGGAUGGCAGUUUGUAUUAUGGCACGCUCCCCUAUAACUACCCUGAGGAUGAUGUCUUGACUGACCUGGAUGGAAUACAGUUUUUGCUAAAAGACGAUCAAGAUCUUCAAUAUUUGCGUGAGGCACUUUCAUCAGAGGAUGCCAGUGACAUUGGAGAUCCCAAUUACUGGGCAUACAGGCGAAAAAUAUGUAAAUUUAAGAAUGGCGAUGUUCCUAUUGAAGGUUCUCCCGUGCUACCAGCUUCGGUUGGUUAUGAACGAAUUAAUUCUACUGGGUCUGCUAAAAGUGAGGGAUACUAUAUUAUUCCCACUGCUGAAAAAUCUCAAUAUCUACCGCUCCGUAAUCGCUCAACAGUGGAGGGCGAUAACCAGUCGACGAGCAGAGUAACCUCUAGAAUGCAUCGUGUUAAUAAUCGUAGACUGGCAGCCGGUGUUGAAAAAUCACUGCUUCCCGCGGAAGCUGAUUUACUUCGGUUUAACGCAUUGAAAGCUCGUAAGAAACAACUCAAUUUUGGUCCAAGUCGCAUUCACACUCUCGGUCUAUUCGCAAGGGAACAUAUCGAUAAGAACGACAUGGUUAUCGAAUAUGUGGGUGAAGUAAUCCGCCAGCGUAUUGCUGACAACCGUGAAAAGAACUAUGUUCGGGAAGGUAUUGGUGACAGUUAUCUUUUCCGUAUCGACGAAGACAUUAUUGUAGACGCUACAAAGAAGGGAAAUAUAGCUCGGUUUAUUAAUCAUUCUUGUGCUCCCAAUUGUAUUGCUCGCAUUAUCCGUGUGGAAGGAAAGAAAAAAAUUGUCAUUUAUGCCGAUAGGGAUAUUAUGCAAGGAGAAGAGUUAACUUAUGAUUACAAAUUUCCCGAGGAAGCUGAUAAAAUUCCAUGCUUGUGUGGUGCACCAACCUGCCGUGGUUAUUUGAAUUAA